UCAAGAUCUUCUUCUUUCCUCCCUAGAUGAUUCAUUUUCUCAGUUCAUAAUGAACUAUAAUAUGCAACAAAUGGAUCAUACUCUUUCUGAUCUUCUCAAUAUGCUGGUAACAGCUGAGAAGCAAAUUAAGAAAGAGAGUGGGAGUGCGGCUAUUAUCGCUUCUUCUUCAUCCAGUAAGUCCAAAUGUAAAGGCAAAGGGAAGAAGAAACAAGUGAUAAAGCCUAAGGGAGUAGUCCAAAAGAAGAAGAAGAAGGAACAAAAGGAACCAAAACGUAUUUGUUUCUUUUGCAACAAAGAUGGGCACUGGAAGAGGAAUUGCAAAGCUUAUCUUGCAUCCUUGAAGAACAAGUCUUCAACAGAAGGACCUAGUGGGAGCAAGGAAGCUUAAAGCUGGAGAAAUUUCCCUACGUGUAGGAAAUGGCACAAGAGUUGAUGCCAAAGCCGUGGGGACUUAUAUUUUGAAGUUACCAUCAGGAGAUACAUUGGAGUUAAAUAAUUGUCUUUAUCUUCCUAUAUGUAUAAAGAACCUUAUCUCCAUCUCCAUGCUUUUGAAGGAUGGUUAUAGAGUAGUUUUUGAUAAACUAAGUGGUUUUGUAUCUAUUAAUGAACGCAUGAUAUGUCAUGCUAAUAUUAUUGAUGGUCUCUUUCAUCUAGCUUUAGAUGGUAGUAUUAACUGUAUGAAGGAAAAUGCUUUGGGAUCUAAGAGAACUCGAGAAACGGUUAACCCCAUUAAGAUGUGGCACCUUAAACUUGGUCAUAUUAGCCAAGAUAGAAUU